GGCUCGGUCGCGGGUGGCGAGGCGGCCCGUGAGCGCUCGGGUGCCGCGGCCCUCGCCUCGCCUCGCCUCGCCUCUGCCCUCGGGGCCCGGGGAGGGCGGGCGGGACCGGGGCCCGGGGCCCAGGUCGCUGCGAGGCGCCGGGCGAGGCCGCCGCUGGCAGCCGAGGGGGGACCCGCAUCGGGCAAAUGGAACAUUUCUUAAAUCGUGCCGUUUCUUCCUUCCUGGUGCUUGGAAGGAACAAGGGCGAGUCUGUACUGAGCGGGGCUGCGCUGGCUGCGGGCUGCAGCUUUUCCUUUCCGCCGGUUUUGCGUUGUGUCGGGGCGGGUUUGCCGCGCGGGGCGUUCCUUUUUUAGGAACUUGCCUCCUGUCUUCCUGGGUAUGCGGUCGGGAAAAUGUGAAUUAUUUCCACCCAGUUUUAGUCCACGGUGCAUAAUUUGUUGUAUGAGAAUAACAGUAGUAAAGGAAGGUAUGUGGCAUAUUGAGAAUAUAUGUGGAGCGACUGGCUGCAUUCUUAAAAGCUUGGAGAAGAGAACUGAUUUGACGUUGCUUUAAGACUUAUUCUGUGGGGAAGAAAAAUAAUUAAUACCUUCCCCCCCCCGCCCCCCAAACCAGGCAACUUGUCUGACUAAUUUUACAAGUCAGAGAUAAUAGCCUCUGUACAGAGCAUUGAACGUUAAGGCUCUCCCUUAUAAAUUGCAGAAUAGCAAUAUGUCAUAGCUGUUCCUACCAGCAGUGAUGCAGAGAGAAGCAAAGACAAGAUUUUCAGAGUUUUACCAAAGCGUUUUAAAAAAAUUCCUAUUGAAUUGCAGUCCUUUGUGUUAAAUUCUCUGGUCUUCGCAAACCUCCCUAAAGUAAUCCUAAAGCAGAUACGGUGAGGGGCCAAGGGGCUGGCUGACUUAUGGAAGAAGCACGUAGUGCGGCUGCCGUAGGACUUCAUAGCUGAAAGGUCUUGUCAUCUGUGACUGUCAGAUGAGGCUGUCGUGCUGGUCCAUAUGGCAGCAGGGUCUACCUGUUAGGCAUUGGUGAUUUUCUUGCGGGGAGUAGUACUUUAUACUUGUAUAGAUGCCAUCUUUUAGAAACCUCCUUCUUGAGGUUGCUUUUGCAGGUGUUACUUAUCGUACCUAAACUUACAGUGGAAGAGAUGAACAAGAAUUGCUUUUUUCUAUUUUCAGUUUUAUUUGAAGCGUUUUACUUAGCUUUUCUUAUCCGCAUGGGUAUUUCACAUCACAGAACAUAGAGUGGAGGUCAUUAAGUAAACUAGAACUCUGAGGAAGUGUAAUACUUGGGGUUUUUUUAUUUCUUUUUCCGAUGCCUUAGAUUUCUAGUUAAUAGCGGUUUUAAAAAUUAAGAAGUUUUACAAGCAUCCUGUAUGUAAUUUUUUGAAUCUUUUCUCUUUUUCAUUAAAGGUGGAGAUAAACUAAAGGUGGAGGUAACUAAAGUAAGAUAGCUCUGGAUACUGGUUUUGUUGUUAAAUUCAUUUCAAACCCAUUAAUUACCUUACUGGAAGUGAAUUCUUCAAGUUUACCAAUAUGGCUCUGACUAUGACAUCGCUGAACAGUGCUUACUUAUGUGGUAGAUGCUGCAGGCACAAAGCUUUGCCCCCUUUACUUGGACUUCUCCUCGGCAAUUCCAUGUCAAAAUUGUACAGCAGCUACAAGAGGCCAGGCUCACAGCCUGAAAAAAAAACGUCUUGGCGAAAUACCGAUUUCAGCUUUAAGAAGGCCAUUGGUGUCUUAACGACUCAGCUAAGCAUGCUGAUGAAGGAGACCAGAGAUCACUUAACAGGACCUAGAGGCCAUUCAUUUGAUCAGUACCUGUUGGAACAGACAAGGGUGUUGUGGGAGUUUCGAAGCCAAGAAGAUUUAAAUAAAUGGGUUAUUUCUUCUGAUGUAGAGAUUGGAGGGAAAAGUGAAGUUUACCUCAAAUUGGGUAGGAAUAACCAGGCUGCUCUGCUGUAUGGAACCCUCAAUACAGAAGUACCUCGUGAUGGGGAGACAAAAUACAGUGGAUAUUGUAGUAUGAGAUCUAAACCACUAGUGGGAUCUUUUGCUAGGAAGAAGUACUAUGACUGGUCAAACUUCAACAGUCUGUAUUUACGUGUCCGUGGCGAUGGCAGACCCUGGAUGGUAAACAUUUAUACAGACCCUUACUUCUCUCAUCAAAAGGAUGAUCUCUACAACUACUUCAUGUUCACACGAGGAGGCCCCUACUGGGAGGAAAUAAAGAUUCCAUUCUCCAAAUUCUUUUUCUCCAGCCGGGGAAGAGUCCAGGACGACCAGCAUCCUAUCUGGUUAGACAAGAUUAGCACCCUUGGGUUCACCAUUGCAGAUAAAGUGGAUGGUCCAUUCCAGCUGGAGAUUGAUUUUAUUGGCCUGAUAAACGAUAGAGCUCACACGGAAGAAUUUGCCUAUGAACUGUAUGAAAAAAAUCCUCGAGCCUAAGGUGGGCUGGUGUCCUUCGGGACAUUCUUCAGAAGCUGGGUUUAUUGUUGUAAAACACAUGUGGCCUAUAACAACCUGGAGAUUCCAUGUGAACAGCAGAGAGAAGUGUGUGAAGCGUUGACCGGAAGACCCUGACCAGUGACACAAAACCCUGAGGAGAGCUGCGCCGUGUUCUUACCAUGUAGUAACUGGUGACGUUUUGGCUUCUGUCCUAACCUUUACAUAAAUAAAAGUAUUUAAUGA